CUAAAGACAAAGCACUGGAGGGAACCCUUCUGUUCUCGUACUGAAGUGAUUCUUUUGGUGUAGCUUAAGUAUAAUUGGUAUAACUAUAAAAAAAUCAUUAGUUAAACUCCACUAAAAUACCUGAAUAUUGAAACACCUUUAAAAGAGGUAAACUUUUUUUUCAGAAAGCAUGCAUAUGCAUAAAAUUUGGGUGUGGCAAGAGGGCAAUAUCCACGUGUUAGUUAGACUACCUCAAUCAGAUAGCUAGAUAUUGUGUGAGCCUACAGAAAGGCAGCCGUGCUGCUGUGCCGAACAAAGAGGCGGAGACGCACAACAAUGUCGGCUGCAAGCAACAAGAUCGUCCACAGAGACGAGAUCACGGACGACACCUUCACCAACGACUCCGGGCAGAUCCCCGAGAAGUAUAUCCGAACAGAUGAGGUCUGCGCCGGCGCCAUCGUCGGCGAAGACGAGGCCUACGAGCUGCCCGCCGUCGACAUGGCGAGGCUUCUUGACCCGGAGUCAUCGGCGUCGGAGACGGCGAAGCUUGGCUCUGCGUGCAGAGACUGGGGUUUCUUCCAGCUGACAAACCAUGGAGUUGACGAAGCUGCGAUACAGCGUAUGAAGGACAGCACCGUGCAGUUCUUCGGCUUGCCACUCGACGGCAAGAACACCGUGGCGGUCCGAGGAGACGGCUUCGAAGGCUACGGCCACCAUUACAGCAGGCUGUCGAAGCUGGACUGGGCGGAGAGUGUGAUCCUCAUCACGCAGCCAGUCCAGGACAGGAACAUGGAGCUCUGGCCAACUAGUCCACCUAUGUUUAGGCAUGCGCUCGAGGAGUACUCGGCGGAGGUGACGAAGCUCAUGAGGCAGCUGCUGGGCUCCAUGGCGGCGGACCUCGGCGUCGGCCGGGAGGCGCUGCUGGGCGCGUUCACCGGGAAGCGCCAGAGCAUGGCGAUCCACCACUACCCGCCGUGCCGGCACCCGGACAAGGUGAUAGGCAACACGGCGCACACCGACGGGCUGGCCCUGACGGUGCUGCUCCCGGUCGACGACACGCCAGGCCUGCAGGUGCUGCGGGGCGGGCGGUGGUUCCCCGUGCGCCCGCGGCCGGGCGCCCUGGUGGUCGUCACCAACGGCACGUACCGGAGCGUCGAGCACCGGGUGGUCGUCAGCGCCGGGCUGGGACGGACCACCGCCGUGGUGUUCCAGGACGCCUCCGUCGGCGGGCUGGUGGCGCCGCUGCCGGAGCUGCUCCGCGGGGGAGGCGAGGCGCGCUACAGGUCCAUCCCGAGGUUCGAGUACCUCAAGGUCAGGUUCAGUGCCCUGGCCAAGAGGACAGGGUUCCUUGAGAGCCUCAAGCUCUAGCGCCCAUCCUUCGAGGAAUUAGUGGUUUGAGCAAUAAUAUUUUGAUUUAAGUAAUUCCAAAUACUCCCAAGGGUAUAAUUGCCAUCUUUUGCAUAUGUAAAUGUAUGCACAUACUAAGUGACAUGAGUAUUUCAAAUUUGUGAACACAGAACAGAAAAUUUAAAUUCAACUUGUAUCA